AGAAUGAUUUCUUUUGAUUUAGGAAUUAGGUCACGUUUAGUUUGUAAAUUUUGAAAAUAUAAAUAAUUAGUCUUCGAAUAUAAGUGUAAAGUGUGUUUUCUAAAAUAAUGGAUGUCAAAGACGGCGAUAAAGAGGAAAAGAAACCAAUUGUUGUUAAAGAUGCUACAGAUUUACAACGACUUCGCCUUGAAAAACUAAUGAAAAACCCAGAGAAGCCAGUUUUGAUACCAGAGAGACGUAAAGAUAAGUCACUUGCUCCACCACCUGACUUUGUUCGUAAUGUAAUGGGUUCUAGUGCCGGCGCGGGUUCGGGAGAAUUUCAUGUAUAUAGGCACCUUAGACGAAAGGAGUAUGCACGUCAAAAAUUCAUACAAGAAAAAAGUGAAAAGGAAAAGCUUGAUGAUGCAUAUCACAAUAGAAUAGAGGAAAAUAAACGUAAAGCAGAAGAAAGAACUGCCAAAAAGAGAGCUAAAAGGUUAAAAAGGAAACAAAAAACUAAAAUAAAAGCUACUCAACCAAAAACAAAUAUUGCUGACAACAAAUCUUCCCAAUCUAAUAGUGAUAGUAAUAAUUCUGAAGAAGAACUUGGACUUGACUCAAAACAAAAGACUGAUAAUACUACAGAACCUAAUAUUAAUAAUGUGAAAAGUGAUUGUGAAAGUGGCAAUGAUCAUUCUUUGUAAACUUUUAUUAAUAAUAAUAUUUUUUACAAUUACCAUUAAACUCUAUAAAUAUAAGUGGUAAAAAUUACCAAAA